AUGGCUUUACCAGAAACUAAUUUCAUCUUGGGGAAAUACAAUCGCAUACAGAUUCUUGUGUAUUCUGCUAGAAAUUUGGAGGAUACAAAGUGUCAUCAUCAUGUUAAGACUUACAAGAUUUCUUUGAAAGAGGGGUGUUUUGCUGAAGAUUCUUUGUCGCAUAUCAACCUUGAUUAUGGGUCUCACUCAUUGAUCCCAGUUCUGCCACCUCUUUGUGGUUUACUUAUCAUUGGAGGAAAAGAGGUCACAUAUUGCAAUGCUGAUGUGCUUGAAACCAUCUUGAUUGAAGAUUCAAAUACCAUAGCUUAUGGAAUGAAAGAGAAGGUUACCGGACUCCAAAUUAAGCAUCUCGGAGAUACUUCAAUUGCAUAUUCGAUAUCAUGCGUUGAUCAAGGAACUGUAUACAUUGGUUCUAAAUAUGGGGAUUCACAGCUUAUAAAGCUUGAUCUAAAAGCAGAAAGCCGAGAAUGUAAAAGUUUUGAAAUUGUAUGCCAAUUUGGGGCCAAUUAUGGACUUUUGUAUGAUAGCCCCCAAAAUGAAUGGUCUAGGAGCGCUGGGGUUGACGAACAGAUGCUAAAUGAAGAUGAAAAAGGUAUCAAAGGAACAUGGUCAAUAAAAGCCUCAGAUGACCGUGUUUAUCUGAUUCUGUCUUAUGUACAAGCUUCCUCGUCUUUCGUAUUGAAACCAAAUGGUGAGAUGGAUGAAAAAAAAAUGGAAGGAUUAUAUUAUGAAGCUCAGUCAUUAUUUUGCCAUGAGGCAAUUCACAACCAACUGUUACAGGUAACGUCUGAAUCCUAA